AUGGUACUUAGCUUGGAUAUCAACACGCGAGCGACGUCGCCUCAAUGUGCUAUCAACUACGUACUACGUUGGGAUCAUCGAGGCUCGCCGCACUUCACCACCGAGAUCGAGGGUCUGACUAUCCACUUCAUCCACCAGAAGUCGAACAAGGCUGACGCGAUUCCGUUGUUGAUGUGCCAUGGUUGGCCGGGAAGCUUCUAUGAGUUUAGCCAGGUAAUCAAUCCGUUGUCGAGUGGUGCGGAUGGGAAGUCGAGCUUUCAUUGUGUGGUUCCGAGUCUGCCGGGAUUCGGGUGGUCGAGCGGUCCACCCAAAGGCUGGACUUUGCAGCAGACGGCGAGGGUGUUCCAUACCUUGAUGCAGCGGUUGGGAUACAAAGACUUUGUGUUCCAAGGCGGAGAUUGGGCACAUUGGAUCGGCCGCGAACUCGGCGCAAACUACAGCGACUCCUGCAAAGUUGUCCACUUCAACUUCGCGCCGGCGCCGCUGCCAGAAGGCGUCGAGCUCACCGACCGCGAGAAGGAAGUCGCAGGUCGUGUUGACGACUGGCUCGAGAACCACAUGGGGUAUGCGAUCAUGAUGCGGACCAGGCCACAUACUAUCGGGUGGAUGUGUCAGGAUAACCCGGUUGCAAUUAUGGUGUGGCUGGGUGAGAAGUACAACGAAGCCGCAGCCCCCCAAAACCAAGACUCCGACUCCUGGCGCACACACAUCCUCACCACUGCCUCGAUCUACUAUUUCAGCAACUGCGUCAUGACCUCAUCGCUGCCCUACUACGAGAACGUGCGCCACGAGAACUUUUCAGAAUUCGCAAUGAAGCCCCAGAACCGCAUCAAGGCCCCAUUCGGCUACACAAGCUUUUACUGGGACACGGAACCCUCGAGUAAGAGAGCCGUGGAAAGGACGGGGAACCUGGUCUUCUAUCGUGAGCGGAAUGACGGGGGCCAUUUCGCUUGCUUGGAGAGUCACGAUGGGGUUUGUGAGGAUCGGAGGGAGAUUGUGGGGAAGUACUGGAAACCGUAG